AUGUCAGGUAGGAAGAACGGAAUAGCUCGGCACCCAAGUCCGUGUUACAUCGGACGAGCAUCGGCCGGUCAUUGUUCAAAGCCCGUUUACAACCCGGCCGGCGAUCGCACGGUGUCCUGUUACCUGCUCGGGUACCGGCCGUAUUCCUUCCGAUGUCCGGCCGACCUCCGGCCGAUAUCGUUCGAUAUUUUCGGGAAUCCGGUCACAGAUGUAAAGGAAACAAACAAGACAGACAUUGAGGAGACAUUCUUUGAUCUGCCAUCUUCUGAUUACCUUGAUAUAACGGAAGACGAAGACAAUCUUCGCAAUGGCUUGUUCAGCGAAAAGCCGACUUUGAGUGUUCCAUACAGCUUAUAUCAACACACCACAACUGAAACGACACCGACUGGGUUUGUAAGUGAGUCAGUUGUAGCGAGUGAUUUUGACUUUAAACGCAUACUUGAAUCAACAUCGAGAAUGGCAGUGACUUCUUCGUAUGCUGCCCAUCAAUCAAAUAUCGCAAACGUAUCUGACGAACUUCAGGAACAAAAGAAAAUUAAUGCCUACCAUCCGCGUCUUCAGCAGAUAAUUGACGAAUUAAAGAGCGAUUGCAUGAAAAAACAUAGAUCACAACCACAAUUAGCCGAAGAGCCCCUUUACUGUAACAGAACAGUGGACAAUUUUGUCGGAUGCUGGCCAGACACCCUUCCAGGACAAACAGCGAAGAUACAAUGCCCGUCCUUACCGGGUUUCAACCUCGAUGCAUUUGCGUACCGGGAAUGCACGAGAAACGGGACGUGGUUUGUGAACCAGACAACAGGACAGCGCUGGGCAAACUACAGCGAGUGUUACAACUCACACUCCCCAGAGGAUGAUACAAAGCACAUCUACAUAUUCAUUGGCGGUUUUUCACUCUCACUUCUCAUGCUGGUGGUGUCAUUGAUUAUUUUCUUUAGAUUCCGGCAACUUCGAUGUGACCGAAUAACUAUCCACAAGAACCUAUUCCUUUCGUAUGUGUUCACUGGGAUAUCCUGGAUUUUAUACUACGUGUUAGCGGCUUUGGAUGGCGAAGUUCUCCUGUAUAAUCCGCUCUGGUGCCAGGCCCUGCACAUUAUGUGCCAGUAUUUCACUGUGUGCAACUUCCUCUGGAUGUUCUGUGAGGGUUUAUACCUCAACACGAUCAUGGUGUACGCGUUCAGCUCGGGGAAGAUUCUCAUAAUCUCCUGUUACAUCAUUGGCUGGGGUAUUCCGGUCGUAUUAACACUGGUGUACACGUUGGUUCGUGGAUCGGACGACUAUCUUACCAUGGAUUGCUGGAUUAACGAGAGUGCGCUACAGUGGAUCAUGUAUGGACCGAUCGUGCUUUCAAUCGGGGUAAACGUACUGUUUUUGGUGAAUAUUGUCCGGCUGUUGAUCACAAAGUUACGACAAAUGCCGGAAGCAGAUCAGACCAGGAAAGCAACGAGGGCUACACUAAUCCUGGUUCCCCUGUUGGGCUUACAAUAUCUUCUUUUUCCUAUUCGACCAGAACCGGGCUCCAAACUGCAGGACGUUUACCACACAUCCGUCGCGCUGCUAAUAUCUCUUCAGGGUGCUUUUGUUUCAACGAUGUACUGUUUCUGUAAUGGAGAGGUUAUCCAGGUGUUACGACGGAAGUGGAACCAACACAAACUGAUGAGCCGAAGCAGCCUGAGGGCGUCUGGAGGACCUGGUGCCACAUACACAACCAUGGAUCCCGUCACUCAGACGCAAGCGACAUACUUCAGUACCGCGGAAAAUAAGGACCCUCCGAUGGAAAUGGGGAAAAUGGAAUCAUUGGAUUAAGACCGAAUGACAAUUAAACAAAAUACAGAAACACGGCGACGACACAAAUUUAAAUAUCACCGGAGAAGAAAC